CGCCAUCACGGGCAGGAAGGGAGCCCUUCGGUCGCCCUGAGGAGACACGAAGCCAUCUUUGCCUCGACCUCCCCUCCUCUCCGCCAUCUCCUCCUUCCUCCCCGCCGGUCCGGGUGUCUGCUGUAAGAUGGAAAUUCUAGUUGUAUUUGCUGGACUCUGGCUGUACUCCUCCUCAGUAAAGGCAGAUUCUAAAGCAGUUACAACUUCUCUUACUACUAAGUGGUUUUCUACACCAUUAUUAUUGGAAGCAAGUGAAUUUUUAGCAGAAGACGGUCCGGAGAAAUUUUGGAAUUUUGUGGAAGCCAGUGAAAAUAUUGGAUCAUCUGAUCAUGAGGGUACUGAUUAUUCCUUCUAUCACAGGCUGCUAAAUGCAGCCAGUCAGAAUCUGUCACCACUGCAGAAGAACCUGUUAAAAUUUUCGCUGUCUCUCCGUUCCUACUCCGCCACAAUUCAAGCCUUUCAGCAGAUAGCCGCAGAUGAACCUCCACCGGAUGGUUGUAACUCAUUCUUUUCAGUGCACGGGGUGAAGACUUGUGAUUUUGAUACCUUAGGAGCCCUCUUAAAAUCAGCCUUUGAAAGGCCAAAGCCAAAUUUGUUCAAAGGGGAUCACAGAUAUCCAACCUCGCAUCCUGAACGCCCCGUUGUAAUCUUCUACUCGGAAAUCGGCUCUAAGGAUUUUUCCGGUUUCCAUCGUCGACUUGUGUCGAAGAGCAAUGCAGGCGAAAUCACUUACGUGCUUAGACACUUUAUUGCUAAUCCUAGCAAAGAAAGAGUCUACCUCUCUGGAUAUGGUGUGGAAUUGGCCAUUAAAAGCACUGAAUACAAGGCCAAGGAUGAUACACAGGUGAAAGGUACGGAUGUAAAUGCUACAGUGAUAGAUGAAAAUGAUCCUAUUGAUGAAGUUCAAGGAUUCCUCUUUGGAAAACUAAGGCAACUCCAUCCUGAUCUGAAGGACCAGUUGAAGGAGCUUAGGAAACAUCUUGUUGAGAGCACCAAUGAAAUGGCACCUUUAAAAGUCUGGCAGUUGCAAGAUCUUAGUUUCCAAACAGCCGCUCGAAUCUUGACUGCUCCUCCGGAAAUUGCCUUGGUAGUGCUAAAGGAUCUCAGUCAGAAUUUUCCUACGAAAGCCAGAGCAAUGACGAGAACAGCUGUCAAUUCCGAACUCAGGAUUGAAGUGGAAGAAAAUCAAAAGUACUUCAAAGGAACUUUAGGAUUGCAACCUGGGGACUCUGCCUUAUUCAUUAAUGGACUUCACAUUGAUUUAGAUACACAGGAUAUAUUCAGUUUGUUUGAUGUGUUGCGGAAUGAGGCUCGGGUUAUGGAAGGACUACACAGAUUGGGAAUAGAAGGCCUUUCUUUACACAAUGUUUUGAAAUUAAACAUCCAGCCAUCUGAUUCAGACUAUGCCGUGGACAUAAGGAGUCCUGCUAUUUCAUGGAUCAACAACCUUGAAGUUGAUAGCAGAUACAGUUCCUGGCCCAGCAGUCUCCAGGAGUUGCUUCGUCCCACCUUUCCUGGAGUGAUAAGACAAAUCAGAAAAAACUUCCAUAACUUUGUUCUCAUUGUUGAUCCUGCUCAUGAGAGUACAACGGAAUUGAUUAAUGUGGCUGAGAUGUUCUUCAGUAACCAUAUACCACUGAGGAUUGGUUUGAUCUUUGUGGUGAACGACUCUGAAGAUGUUGAUGGAAUGCAGGAUGCUGGAGUUGCCAUUCUCAGAGCAUAUAACUACGUUGCCCAAGAAGUGGAUGAUUAUCAUGCCUUCCAGACUCUGAUAUCUGUAUAUAAUAAGGUUAAAACUGGAGAAAAGGUGAAAGUGGAGCAUGUGAUCAGUGUUCUUGAGAAGAAAUAUCCGUAUGUGGAAGUGAACAGCAUUUUGGGGCUUGAUUCUGCUUACGAUCGGAAUCGGAAGGAAGGAAGAGCAUAUUAUGAGCAAACAGGAGUUGGUCCUCUACCAAUUGUGCUGUUUAAUGGAAUGCCUUACCUGAAGGAGCAGUUGGAUCCCGAUGAGCUGGAAACUGUUACAAUGCACAAAAUUUUAGAGACAACCAGCUUCUUCCAACGAGCUGUGUACUUGGGCGAACUGUCUCAUGAUCAAGAUGUAGUGGAAUAUAUUAUGAACCAACCCAAUGUUGUCCCCAGAAUCAAUUCUAGGAUUUUGAACACUGAAAGGGAGUACUUGGAUUUAACAGCAACAAAUAACUUUUUUGUGGAUGAUUUUGGUAGAUUUACUUUCUUGGACUCCCAAGACAAGACUGCUGCCGUUGCCAAUAGUAUGAACUAUCUGACCAAAAAAGGAAUGUCCUCCAAAGAAAUCUAUGAUGAUUCUUUUAUCAGACCAGUUACUUUUUGGAUUGUUGGAGAUUUUGACAAACCUUCUGGAAGACAACUAUUGUAUGAUGCUAUCAAGCACCAGAAAUCCAGUAACAAUGUCCGAAUUAGCAUGAUUAACAAUCCAAGUGAAGACCCAAGCUUUGAAAGCACUCACAUCGCCAGAGCUAUCUGGGCAGCUCUACAAACGCAAACAUCCAAUUACGCCAAGAACUUCAUCACUAAAAUGGCCAAGGAGGAGACCGCGCAGGCCCUGUCAGCAGGAGCUGACAUUACAGAAUUUGCUGUUGGUGGCAUGGAUGUCAAUCUUUUCAAAGACGCUUAUGAAUCUCCCAAAGUGGAUUUUCUUCUGUCCCAUGCAAUGUACUGCCGAGAUGUCCUGAAGCUGAAGAAAGGACAGAGGGCGGUGAUCAGCAAUGGCAGGAUAAUUGGACCACUGGAAGAGGGUGAACUUUUUAAUCAAGAUGAUUUCCACCUACUUGAAAAUAUCAUAUUGAAGACCUCGGGGCAAAAAAUCAAAUCCCACAUUCAGCAGUUGCGGGUAGAAGAAGAUGUAGCAAGUGACUUGGUGAUGAAGGUGGAUGCUCUUCUGUCUGCCCAACCAAAAGGAGAAGCAAGAAUUGAAUACCAGUUUUUUGAAGACAGCUACAGUGCAAUUAAGCUGCAUCCCAAGGAAGGAGACACCUAUUUUGAUGUAGUAGCCAUUGUUGACCCUGUUACUCGAGAAGCCCAAAGACUUGCUCCAUUACUUACGGUAUUAACCCAGCUGAUAAAUAUGAACCUGCGAGUGUUUAUGAACUGUCAAUCAAAACUUUCCGACAUGCCUUUGAAAAGCUUCUACCGUUAUGUUUUGGAGCCGGAGAUUACCUUCAUGGCAGACAAUAGCUUUGCGCCUGGUCCGAUAGCAAAAUUCUUGGAUAUGCCCCAGUCUCCCCUGUUCACUCUUAACUUAAAUACUCCUGAGAGCUGGAUGGUAGAAUCUGUGAGAACACCAUAUGAUCUUGACAACAUUUAUUUAGAGGAGGUGGAUAACGUAGUAGCUGCAGAGUAUGAGCUUGAAUACCUAUUAUUGGAAGGCCAUUGCUAUGAUAUCACGACAGGACAGCCUCCUCGAGGGCUCCAGUUUACAUUGGGAACUUCAGCAAAUCCAGUCACCGUGGAUACCAUUGUCAUGGCCAACCUAGGUUACUUUCAGUUAAAAGCCAACCCUGGAGCGUGGGUUCUCAGACUCAGGAAGGGCCGAUCAGAGGACAUUUACAGAAUAUACAGCCACGAUGGCACGGAUUCUCCACCUGACGCCGAUGAAGUUGUCGUCAUUCUCAACAACUUCAAGAGCAAAAUUAUUAAAGUGAAGGUUCAAAAGAAAGCGGAUAUGAUGAACGAAGAUCUUCUAAGUGAUGGAAACCCUGAAAAUGAGUCUGGAUUUUGGGAGUCUCUCAAAUGGGGGUUUACGGGUGGGCAAAAGACGGAAGAAGUCAAACCGGACCGAGAUGAUGUGAUUAAUAUCUUCUCUGUUGCAUCGGGCCACCUGUAUGAAAGAUUUCUCCGCAUAAUGAUGUUAUCCGUACUGAAAAACACCAAGACUCCUGUGAAAUUCUGGUUCUUGAAGAAUUACUUGUCACCUACAUUCAAGGAGUUUAUCCCAUACAUGGCAGAGAAGUACAAUUUCCAAUAUGAGCUUGUUCAGUAUAAAUGGCCCCGGUGGCUUCAUCAGCAGACAGAAAAGCAACGCAUCAUUUGGGGUUACAAAAUUCUCUUUCUGGAUGUACUUUUCCCACUGGUUGUGGACAAGUUCCUUUUUGUGGAUGCUGAUCAGAUUGUAAGAACGGACCUAAAAGAGCUCAGAGAUUUCAACUUGGAUGGGGCUCCUUACGGCUACACUCCAUUUUGCGACAGUCGCAGGGAAAUGGAUGGCUAUAGGUUCUGGAAGUCAGGAUAUUGGGCCAGUCAUUUGGCUGGAAGAAAAUAUCACAUCAGCGCACUCUACGUUGUGGAUCUGAAGAAAUUUAGGAAGAUAGCUGCUGGAGACAGGCUCAGAGGGCAAUACCAAGGUUUGAGUCAGGACCCUAACAGCCUUUCCAAUCUCGAUCAGGAUUUACCUAACAACAUGAUUCAUCAGGUGCCAAUUAAGUCCCUCCCACAGGAAUGGCUUUGGUGUGAAACGUGGUGCGAUGAUUCUUCUAAGAAGAGAGCCAAAACAAUUGAUCUGUGCAAUAACCCAAUGACCAAAGAGCCCAAGCUGCAGGCAGCUGUGCGGAUUGUCCCAGAAUGGCAAGACUAUGAUCAAGAAAUCAAACAAUUACAGAGUCACUUCCAGGAGGAGAAAGAAACGGGUACCAUUCAUUCAGACAGAGAGGUGAAAGCGCCAAACAGAGAAGGCUUGGAAACACAUGUAGAAUUAUGAUCCAUGGAGGAAAAAAUGAAGUUAGACUAUUUGAAAGACAAUUUUUCUAUUAAAUGCUAGUUUUUUCUGGUAUGUCUACACGACUGCUGAACAGUGGAAUGGGAGGGCACUGUUUGCCUUUUUGAGACUGGCAUUUGGAGUUGACUCACGCACAGAAAUUAGGACCUGGAUCAUGUGGGAAAACACACUGGUCUUGCACUCAAAAGGAAGGUGAAAUUGCCAGUAAUGGAGUUCUGAGGACCGUGACUUUAGGGGAGGUGGCACAAUGCAGUUCCAUGACCAAACAGGCCUGUGGCAGUCAUUAGAAGAGCGGGCAUUCUGUCGGAUCCGGAUCACCUCAGCCAAGAACACUCACGCGACGCGUGUGAACACGACACAGGACAUCCAAAGCGCAAGACUUACCUCAAUU